AUGCGUGAUAGACAGCCUAAUGAAACUGUAUCGGAAUAUGUGGCUGAGCUACGUCGUUUGGCAUCGACAUGUGAAUACACUGAUUUAGAGACUCAGUUAAGGGAUCGUCUAGUGUGUGGUAUCAACAACGAAGCAAUGCAAAAAAGACUGUUAACUGAGAAAACAUUGGACUUUGCUAAGGCUUACUCCUUGUGUUUAGGAAUGGAAAUGGCUGCUAAGGAAGUGCGUGAUAUUAAAGGGGGAGAUCAGAUGCCAAGGCCAGUGCACAAGAUUAGAGAGGAUAACAGGAGAAAUAAUGCAGGCAGGAAGUGUGAUCGCUGUGGGGGCUCAAAUCAUGUCAGUAGUCAGUGCUAUUACAAAAAUGCUGUGUGUAACAAUUGUAAUAAGGUUGGUCAUAUCCAGCGUGCUUGUCGCUCUCGAAGCGCCAUGAAUGAUAGAUCUUCAGGUCGUGGUCACAGCCGUGGUCGUGGUCGCGACAGGGGCCGUGGUCAUGGUCGUGGUACCCAUUACAAGGACAACAGAUCUUCCACUAAUCAUGCUAAUCGUAUUGACGAUGUAUCUCAGGAAGACGAGAACAAUGAAUAUGGACUUUUUAAGGUAGAAACUCAACAUGCUCAAAACGGAUUGAGUGGUAAGGGACACAGAGUGGAGCCCUAUCUCAUUGAAGUGUUAGUUAAUGGUAAAAAGCUAACUAUGGAGAUAGACACUGGCGCAGCAACUUCCGUGAUCAGUUCAAGUACUUUCCAUUCAGUGUGGAAGGAGGGUGAUGACAGGCCCAAGUUAAGUGAGACCAAUGCUAUUCUUCGGUCCUACAACAGAGAGAGAAUACCGAUAGUAGGCACUACAGACGUUCAAGUAAAUUAUGGAAAUCAGUCCGCUACUCUCCCGCUGACAGUGGUGGAAGGUGAUGGCGAGAACUUGCUUGGCAGAGAUUGGCUUCAGGCCAUCAGAUUAGAUUGGGGGAAAAUUUUGAAUGUGAGAAAUGAAGGGUUACAAGACAUUUUGAACUCUUAUUCUGAUGUGUUCCAAGAUGAUAUAGGGGAAUUCAAGGAUCAAAAGGUCACUAUUGAGAUCACCUCAAAUGUGCCAAGAUUUUAUAAGCACAGGAAUGUUGCUUAUGCUCUUCGUCAGAAAGUUGACGAUGAACUUGAACGCCUUGAAAAACAGGGUAUUAUCAAGCCAGUGCAGUAUUCUGAUUGGGCUGCUCCAAUCGUACCAGUGGUUAAAUCCAAUGGGAACAUACGAAUUUGCGGAGACUACAAAUUAACUGUCAACAAGGUCGCUCGUACUAAUGUUUACCCCAUUCCACGGAUCGAAGAUCUGUUCGCAUCUUCGUCAGGUGGAAAGACUUUCACGAAACUGGAUUUAAGUCAAGCCUACCAACAGUUAACCAUUGAUGAGGAGUCGCAAAAGCUCACGACUAUAAACACUCAUCGUGGCCUCUAUCAGUACCAGCGCUUACCCUUUGGCAUAUCGGCAGCUCCAGCUGUAUUCCAGCGAACUAUGGAGUGCUUGCUCAAAGACAUUCCCCAUGUCUGUGUCUACUUGGAUGAUAUUCUCGUCACCGGGGCCUCUGAACAGGAACAUUUGGAAAACAUGAAGGAAGUCCUAUCCAGACUUAGCAAGGCUGGUCUCAGAUUGAACGCACAGAAGUGCAAAUUCAUGGUCGGCUCAGUAGAGUAUUUGGGUCACAAAAUAGAUGCGCAGGGUUUGCAUCCCCUUGAUGAAAAGGUGAAGGCUAUAGUGUCGGCUCCAGCUCCACGCAAUGUUGCUGAACUUAAAUCCUUCCUUGGACUCGUGCAGUAUCAUCAGCGUUUCUUGCCUAAUCUCGCCACUACCUUGGCACCCUUGCAUCGGCUUCUCAGGAAAGAAGUUACCUGGUCAUGGGGAGCUCAAAAGAAAAAAGCUUUCAACAUGGUGAAAGGACAUUUGUCUUCCUGUGAUCUCUUGACGCAUUAUGAUCCCCAUAAGAAACUUGUAUUGGCGUGUGAUGCAUCUCCCUAUGGGGUAGGUGCCGUCCUCUCACAUCAGUCUGAUGAUGGUGUAGAGAAACCAAUAGCAUUCGCAUCCAGGUCUCUGUCGCAAGCAGAAAAGAAUUACUCUCAAUUGGAUCGUGAAGCUCUAGCAAUUAUCUUCGGAACUAAGAAGUUCCAUCAGUAUAUCUACGGGCGUUCCUUUACUCUGUUGUCAGAUCACAAACCCCUCGAGAGCAUCUUCAGUCGGGACAAGGGCAUUUCACAGAUGGCAUCGAGCAGAAUUCAACGUUGGGCAUUAACCCUCUCUGCAUAUAACUAUACAAUCGAGUACAGAAAAGGUACUUCCCUUGCGAAUGCCGACUGCAUGAGUCGUCUUCCCUUACCAUACACACCACCAAAUCCACCUCUACCAGGGGACACAAUCCUCUUACUGGAAGCAAUGGAUGCUUCUCCUGUGAAAUCAUGGCAAAUUAAACAAUGGACGGACAGAGAUCCAACCCUUUCCAGAGUAAGAAAUUUCCUUCUUUCUGGAUGGCCAAGCAUAAAUCUAGAGGAGUCUUUCACUCCUUUUGUGAAAAGGAAACAUGAAUUGAGUGUCCUUGAUGGCUGUGUUUUGUGGGGCAAUCGUAUUGUUGUGCCGCCACAAGGUCGAGAGAUUGUUGUGAACAUGUUGCAUGAAGCUCAUCCAGGUAUCUCGCGCAUGAAGUCUGUAGCGCGUGGAUUCGUAUGGUGGCCAAAGAUGGAUGAUGAAUUGGAACUCAAGGUGAAAACCUGUUCUGUGUGUCAACAGUCUCGUCCAGUACAAGCCGAGGCUUCGCUUCACUUUUGGGAAUGGCCUGAACAUCCAUGGAGUCGUUUGCAUUUAGACUAUGCCAGACCUUUCCUGGGUAAAAUGUUCCUUGUGUGUAUUGACGCACAUUCUAAAUGGUUGGAAGUGUUUCCAGUGAACAGUGCCACAUCCACUGCUACAAUUGAUUGUCUCAGACAUAUGUUUGCAACUCAUGGACUGCCAGACCAAGUGGUCACUGACAAUGGCACUUGUUUUACAAGUGAGGAAUUCUCUGUCUUUAUGAAACGUAAUGGCAUCACUCAUACAUGUGUGGCACCAUAUCACCCUGCCUCUAAUGGGUUAGCAGAACGAGCUGUACAAACCUUUAAAUCUGGCAUUAAACGUAUGACAGGGGGCACAUUGGACACAAAACUUGCACGGUUUUUGUUCAGAUACAGACUUACCCCGCAGACUACAACGGGGUUAUCUCCAGCAGAAUUACUUCUUCGAAGAAGACCAAAGUCUCAUCUCAAUCUUCUUCAUCCAGAUAUGAGCUGUAAAGUUAGGAACAAACAAGAACAGCAAAAGUCAGUACAUGAUGCACAUGCAAAGGACUGUCACUUGCAAGUUGGAGAUCUUGUGUAUGUUUUAAACUUUCGUCCUGGUGACAAAUGGUUGUCAGGAAUCAUAACAGAGAGAACCGGUCCAGUGUCGUUCCAUGUUCGUCUUGACAAUGGUGGUGUUGUCAAGCGCCAUAUUGAUCACCUGCGUUUGCGCCAUGUUCUGAAGCAUGAAAGCCAACAUGAUAAAUCAGUUCCAUCAACACAUGAACAAUCAGUUCUACCAGAACUACCUGACAAGUUACCUAUGUUGCCUGAACCUGGCAACAUUCCAGUACUUCCGGGUACCCCUCACUUGCAAGAUGAAGUUACUUCUACAAGGCCCGAGCCACAGCAGGUCUUACCAGAGGCACUAUCUCCUACUCAGUCAGAUUCUUGUGGUGCGCAAGCAUUUCGUCGUUCUUCCAGAAUCCGGAAAGCGCCGGAUAGACUUAAUCUAAAGAUUGCUGCUGAGUUAUGA